CCGACCGCGCCGCCACCGGCUCUGCCUCCACCCCGCCGCCCGCUCCCCUCCCCUCCCGUCCCUGCGCGCGCCAGUGCCAGUUGUGUCUGUGACUCGGAGCGGUGAACAGCAGUGCAGCAGCCAGCGGUGUCGUGUAGCAGCCCAGCACGCCGCUUCGUCGGGCGUUUGGCCACGUUCCGCAACAAACAGGAAGUUCGAACCUGCAUGGUGCGAGGUCCCUUGGAAGAAUGUCGGAUUUCCCGGUAUCGCAAAUGGGGACGGUGUCGCUGCUGGACGACGACGGGGACGCCCUCUUCACGGUCGGGGCGGAGUGCGGCGGCGCGCCGUGCCGCGUGGCCGUGGACCGCGCCGGCCGAGCGCAGCCCAUCAUGCGCCUCGUGGCGCAGCGCCCCGGGGAGCUGCGCAUCAAGAUAGAGAACCCCAACGCCUACGGGUCUGCCUACUUCAUGAUCCGUCGCCUGGAGGACAACAGCUGUCGUGCCUCUGAGGUGAGCCGCGACGACGGCCAGGUGGUCAAUGACUACAACAUCCUGGGCUCCGGAGACCACGGAGUCAUUUCCCGGGACAAGUCCACCGAGUCGGCCAUGGUCGUCACGCCGGUGCAGCAGGGCGGCGGGGGAACCGUCAGGGAGAGCGACGAGGCCGCCAAGACGGUGCCGAGGACGAGGUUCAGCGUUCUGGUGGCGCCCGCCGUGGGCCACUCCAAGUGGGAGCCGGCCUACUGGACUCCACGGCGCUGGGUGGCUGCGAAGCCCAGCGACGGAGCCGACAGGGGCAGGAACCCCAUGGCCAAGAUGUGGGUCCGGGUGUGGGUAGUCCCGAAGGGCACGGCUAUGAUGGUGCCCGCCUGGCCGUCCCAGACCGUUCUGGACUUCAAGAGGACAUUGGCACGGAAGCUCGGCGACGGCGCCACGGCGGAGCGACUGCGGCUGUACCGGACGGAGGACGCCCUGGAGGACUGGCGGCAGCUGGACGCGUGCAGGGUGUACCACGAGACGCACUUGUACGUGGUGGUGGCCGCGGCACCCAGCCGCCGGCCCACGCAGGGCCGCCUCAUGGCGGUGCGGGCGCGCUGCUUCGGCGAGGAGGUGUGCGACCUGGUGCUGCAGCUGCGCGCGCGCGCCACCAUCGCCGAGCUCAAGGAGGCCGCCCGCAAGAAGCUCCGCGCCGGCCGGACCGACGCCCUCCGCGCCGUGAGGGUCGGCCUGCCCUGCGGCCUGCCCGACGACUGGCUGGUGUGCGAGGUCACGGACGAGCAGUCGAGGGUCCACCUCAUUGUGAGUAAUGCUCACUUCGAAGCCAGACAGAUGCGUCUCUGCGUGUCGUCUCUCAGCGGCGGCCAGCCGCUGUACGUGUGCGUGCCCCGAUGUGCCCUCGUCAGGGACGUGAAGCAGCGCGUCCAGGCCGAGGAGGGCUUCCCGCCGCACCUGCAGCGGGUCCUGUUCGGCGCCGAGACGCUGCAGGACGACUUCCGCCUGGCCGAUUACGGCGUCGCCAGCGACGCCACCCUGCGCGUGGUGCUCAACCUCGCCGGCGGCGGCCCGGAGUUUCCGGAGGGCGCCGAGCAGGUGGAGGCCGUGCAGAGCACGCCGACCAAGGGCGACGACGCGGAGGACGCCAACAGGGACGCCGACCUGGUGGUGGCCAAGGUGGUGGCCGGGCAGCGGCGCGCGCCGCCCGCAACCACGAGGUGCCACUACGCGGCGCUGCUGUCUCGGGCCGCGCCUCUGCUCAUCAUAGAGGUCUCCUUGGAGGCGGCUGCGUUGGAGCCUCCUGCCAAGAAGCCCCGCUUGGCUCGAGGUAGAUUCAUGCAUUAGUAAUUUCUUGACAUUCUUAUGUAGUUUUCAUUUUUAUUAGCUAUCUGACCUGUAAGAGAAAAAGUAUCAUGUCCUUACUUUCACUACCUUACUGGUAAAGUUAGGCGUGUUAUUGACAAUGAGGUGAUUAAUUGUACUAGUGGAUGAUUAAUCAAGUUGCGUUUGUUGAAAGUCCGGCUUUUGAAAUUUUAACUGCACUAAAUUUCAGAUUGUUUACUUAAUUUAAUGGAGCUUAGGCUGUAUUAGACCUGUAGUAAAUUUUCAAGUGUUUGAUUACUUGUUUGAUUACCUGUCAUUUACGUCCAGAUUUUUAUGAUGAAUCUGUUCCAAGUUUUUGUUAUUUUACUGAAUUUGAGAAUAAUGGCACUGUGUUUGACCUGUAUUUAACUUCUGAUUGAUGAGCCACAUCGUGCUUAAUAUAAAACCAAUUUUAUUAAAAAUUGGACUGAGGUUACUUUUAAGCAUUUUACUUAAUUUUACUGUAUUGACACUGGCCUUUCUAUUUGAAAGUUGUGUCUUGUUUGACAUUGUUCUGACAUUGUUUAUUAGUAAAACAAAUUUGUCGCAUAUUAA